AUGGGGUGGCGCAGAGGGCCUCCGGUGGUGGCUAGGGCGGCGCGACGCAGUGCGGGCAGCGGCAAGAUCGGCCGAGGCAUCGACGCCAAGGAGGCCCUUGUGCGUGGGGUGGAGCUCGGGAGGCUGCGGGGCUCCGCGGUUGCCCGGGCAUGUCUGAGUAUAAAAAUUAGACCCAAACCCGAGCCUGUCGUGCUCACCCGUCUUCUCCCAGCCGCCGAGCAACAGCGACUCCUCUCGGCGACCCCAACUCCGGCGGCGGCGCUGCAGGUCGAAGCGGGGCAGGAGGCGUCGCGUCUGAGCAGCCGGCGGACCGCAGAGGAGGAGGGGUCCAUAAGGCGGCGGCACGGUAACUGGUCUGGCGAGCGGCAAACGGACGAAGGCGGCCGGAAGAGGGUGCGGCGGCGGAGCGAUGUUGAAGCGGCUGAUGGAGCGGAUGCUGGGGAUGUUCCGGUCCCGGAUGCUGGUGGGCAUCGACAGGGCCGGCAACCUAUACUUCUCCCGCGUCGAGGAGGUCGACAGCGCCAUGAAGGAGAAGCGGUAGGUGGAGUUCAAGGGCGACCGGGACCCGACCACUCUUCUAGGUUACGCCUCCUAUCGGUUGUUAGGCCUGUGAUAAUCUCUAGUUCUCCGAUUUGGCUGGUACCAAAAAAUGUUUUUGCAGUUGAGUGGAUUUGCUGGUUGAAUGGACAAAGGAAGAAAGCUCCAACACCAGAGGAAUUAGCUGAACUGGAGGCGAGGCGUGAACGUGUGAAGCAAAAUGUUGAGCCGUGGAUCCGUUCACCAAGAAGCAUUGGUAUGACAUCAAGGCGCCGCUGCUCUUCACCAGCCGCAACGAUGGUAAGACCCUCGUGUCCACGACAGAGGGUACCAAGGCACCGCCACAAUCCAUGUGAGGAGGGGCAACGACCUUGCCGGUUCGCCGCAUGCAAGGGCCAAAGAGGAGGAGUAGACGCACUUGGAUGGUGUGGAUCAGAUGGCGCUGCAAGGGGAGCGAUUGGAUUGGAUUGGAGGGAGAUAUUUGGUUUUGUGAUGGGCAACUCCAGAUCCAUGAAGGUAGCCUACAUGGUCGUAGGUACUGGAUCGACAGGCAAGCAGUCCGCAACGAUGACAAGAACACCAAGAUCCAAAGGCGCGCCGCCCCAGUCUUCCUGUGCCGUCGAACGCAUGCCCAUGUUUGUCUAUAUUUCUCUCUCUCUCCCUCCUGCCGCAGCUUGAGAAGGGACGACAUCGGUGGCUUAGGUCCAUUUCUAUGAGACCAGGGAGUUUGUGAAACCUUGGUGCCAGUUUGUACAUAGAUAUAUGUCUUGUAUCUGUUCCGAAUAUGUUUAGUUAAGAUGCAACUCACGUGCGAGAGACUUGGGUUGUGCGGAGAUCAUAGAAGCUUAAUGUUGCCAAUUAGGUAUUGUAUAAAUAUUUAAGUUUCAUAAGCAUUGGCUUGCGAGUAUGAUGUUCUCCGUCUGCUUAUACGAACCUGAUGGUGAAGAAAUAUAACUAUUAGACCAUUUUGUAGUUUACUUCUCUAAAAUAUUGCAUACAUACAGACUGAAGCCUUUUGAUGGUACAAGGGAACCAUGGCCCAUGGGUGAUGCUUUGGGAAAAAUAGAUAUACAUAAAUUUGGAUUAUUUGGUGCCAUCAUACUUAUAUGAUUACUACGAUGAGCACACACUCCUUAACUUCAUGAUAAUAAAUGUUAGUUUCUUAUUAGUAGAAGACAAAUGUGUGUCAACGUGUGAAAAUAACCACAUAGAAACGAUAUUGUUAACUAUGAUAUCAUGACAAUCUUUGUUUAAGAUGCUCAAUGCAUUCAUUGUUGAUAAAACUACAAGCACUGGAACAUAGUUCUAUAUAAUAGCAUGUGAGAUGAUUAUAACUUUUAUAGAAACUAUAUUGUUAACUAUGAUAUCAUGAUAAUUUUUUGAUCGAAUAUUUUUAAUAGGCAUAUGAGAUUUUAACAACUUGAUCUGGUUCCACUUUCUUGACAAAUUUGUGCAAAAUAUUUUCAGGUACUCAACCUAUUGAUGCACAUGGACAUGAUGACUCUCUAGAAUUUAUGGACUAACCAACCUGUAAUCAUGGACCUUACUGUCUUGUAGACCAUUUGGUGUUUCGAGUGUUUUGGAGCUUGCACUUUGUGCAUGUAGAUACAAACUUGUGUGUUCUGGACCAUCUGAAGUCUCUCAUAGUAACCAAUAGUCCUUAUCUUUU